UGAUUCAGUUGUAUUAAUCUAUGGUUACAUUAAUGGUUCCAUGAUGGUUUGUUCAUAAUCUGUUCGGUGUUAUGGUUUUAUACCGGCGUUGUUUUAUUACAAAAAAUAUGUCUUCAAAUGUAGAUAAAGUUAAAGUAAAUUAAAUGAUAGUUUUAAUUUGUGUGAAUAUAUGCAUUAUCUUCAUAAAGUUCUUAAAUCGUGACUGCACAGAAAAAUGGCCGCAUUAAACGGGUAGUUCAUUUUUGAUCGGAUUUUUCCUACUUUAAUUACGGAGUUGGAAGCUCAUCGAAUCUAAAAAUAUUUGAGUCAUGUAUCUUUACAACUUAACACUUCAAAGGGCUACUGCCAUUACCCAUGCAGUGCAUGGAAACUUUUCUGGCACAAAACAACAAGAAAUUGUUAUUUCAAGGGGCAAAAGUUUAGAAUUGCUGCGUCCUGACCCAAACACUGGCAAAGUACACACAUUACUAGCUUUGGAAAUUUUUGGAAUAAUUAGAUCUCUUAUGGCCUUUCGAUUAACUGGAGGCACUAAAGAUUAUAUAGUUGUGGGAUCUGAUUCUGGGCGAAUAGUUAUUUUAGAAUACAUUCCUGCUAAAAAUGCUUUUGAAAAGGUACAUCAAGAAACAUUUGGUAAAUCGGGAUGUCGCCGGAUUGUACCAGGACAAUAUUUAGCCAUUGAUCCUAAAGGCCGUGCUGUCAUGAUUGGAGCAGUUGAAAAACAAAAAUUGGUAUACAUUUUAAAUAGAGAUACUGAAGCAAGACUGACUAUUUCUUCACCUCUCGAAGCUCAUAAAAGCAACACAUUGGUAUAUCAUAUGGUUGGGAUUGAUGUGGGCUAUGAAAAUCCUAUGUUUGCAUGUUUAGAAAUUGAUUAUGAGGAAGCAGAUUCUGAUCCAACUGGAGAAGCUGCUCAGAAAACGCAACAAACACUGACAUUCUAUGAAUUGGACUUAGGGGUCAACCAUGUUGUGAGAAAAUACUCGGAGCCUCUUGAAGAGCAUGCAAACUUCUUGGUGUCUGUACCAGGUGGCAAUGAUGGCCCUUCUGGGGUAUUAAUUUGCUCAGAAAAUUAUCUUACUUAUAAGAAUUUAGGGGAUCAGCAUGAUAUAAGGUGUCCAAUUCCAAGAAGGAGGAAUGACCUUGAUGAUCCUGAAAGGGGAAUGAUUUUUGUUUGCUCUGCUACUCAUAAGACUAAGUCUAUGUUUUUUUUCUUGGCACAAACCGAACAAGGUGAUAUAUUUAAAAUAACUCUGGAAACUGCAGAUGAUAUGGUCACAGAGAUUAAACUGAAGUACUUCGAUACUGUACCAGUUGCAACUUCUAUGUGUGUAUUAAAAACUGGUUUUUUGUUUGUUGCUUCUGAAUUUGGAAAUCAUUAUUUAUAUCAAAUUGCUCAUCUUGGAGAUGAUGACGAUGAAUUGGAAUUUAGUUCUGCUAUGCCUUUAGAGGAAGGUGAUACAUUUUUCUUUGCUCCAAGACCAUUAAGAAAUUUAGUUCUGGUGGAUGAAAUGGAAUCUUUGUCUCCCAUUUUGUCCUGUAGGGUAGCUGAUUUAGCAGGUGAAGAUACACCUCAGUUAUACAUGUUAUGUGGAAGAGGCCCCAGAUCUUCUCUCAGGGUUUUAAGACAUGGUUUAGAAGUAUCUGAAAUGGCUGUAUCUGAACUACCAGGAAAUCCUAAUGCUGUCUGGACUGUUAAAAGGCGAAGUGAUGACGAGUAUGAUGCCUAUAUUAUCGUAUCCUUCGUAAAUGCCACCUUAGUGUUGUCUAUCGGAGAAACCGUUGAGGAAGUUACUGACAGCGGUUUUUUGGGUACAACUCCAACCCUUGCGUGUGCUGCUUUAAGUGAUGAUGCUUUAGUACAGGUAUACCUUAAUGGUAUUCGACACAUUUGUUCUGAUAAACGUGUGAACGAAUGGAAAGCUCCUGGAAAAAAGACCAUCGUUAAAUGUGCAGUAAAUCAAAGGCAGGUUGUUAUAGCACUGUCUGGAGGAGAACUGGUGUAUUUCGAAAUGGACCCUACCGGUCAACUCCAUGAAUAUAAGGACCGUAAACGUAUGAAUUCAGACGUAGUGUGUAUGGCCCUCGCGAAUGUGCCUCCCGGUGAACAACGUUCGUGGUUCCUCGCUGUCGGUCUAGCCGAUAACACAGUUCGUAUAAUUUCGCUCGAUCCUAGUGACUGUCUUGCCCCGCGAUCAAUGCAGGCUCUCCCUGUUUGCGCAGAAUCACUGUGCAUUGUGGAAAUGGGAUGUACUGAACGUAAUCCAGAAGAUGCGGCAGCUGCAAGCACUACCAGCACUCUGUACUUAAAUAUAGGAUUACAAAACGGUGCCCUUCUUAGAACUGUACUCGAUCCUGUUUCGGGCGAUUUAACUGAUACAAGAACUCGGUAUCUGGGUUCACGACCUGUUAAAUUGUUUCGGAUUAGGAUGCAGGACUCUGAAGCAGUAUUAGCUAUGAGCAGUCGUUCGUGGCUUAGUUACUAUUAUCAAAGUCGUUUCUACCUAACCCCAUUGUCUUAUGAAAGUCUGGAAUAUGCAUCAGGGUUUAGUUCGGAACAAUGUCCUGAAGGUAUCGUUGCUAUUUCUACAAAUACGCUUCGUAUAUUGGCUCUAGAAAAAUUAGGGGCGGUAUUCAAUCAAGUAUCUUUUCCAUUGGAGUAUACACCAAGAAAAUUCGUAAUUCAUCCGGAAACAUCGAAUCUAAUUAUUUUGGAGACAGAACAUAAUGCAUACACCGAAGAAACGAAAAAACAACGUCGUCUUCAAAUGGCACAGGAGAUGAGAGAAGCGGCUGGUGAAGAAGAACAAGAGCUCGCGAGAGAGAUGGCCGAAGCAUUUUUAAACGAAGAUUUACCUGAGAGUAUCUUCUCUGCACCUAAAGCUGGUCAUGGAAUGUGGGCAUCAACAUUAAGAGUUAUGGAUCCUGUCCAGGGCUCCACUUACAAAAUUCUUCGCUUGGAACAAAAUGAAGCAGCAAUGUCUCUAACAUUGCUCAAAUUCAAUUCUCAACCGGAACAUCAAUGGUUUUUAGUCGUGGGAAUUGCUAGAGACCUCCAAUUAAACCCCCGCGUUUGUACAACUGGAUUCCUUGAUACAUACAGGGUCGACACACUUUGUAGAGAGUUUGAACUAGUUCAUAGGACACCGAUCGAUGAGAUUCCUUAUGCGCUUUGCCCUUACAAUGGGCGACUAUUAGCCGGUGUUGGGCGUAUGCUGAGACUUUAUGAUCUGGGUAAAAAGAAACUUCUAAGAAAAUGUGAAAACAAGCAUAUCCCUAACUUAAUAGUCGACAUACAAGCGAUGGGUCGUCGUAUAUUUGUUUCGGACGUGCAGGAGUCAAUACAUUUUGUAAGAUAUAAAAAACACGAAAAUCAGCUCAUAAUUUUCGCAGACGAUACACAUCCUAGAUGGGUGACGUGUUCGUCUGUUUUGGAUUAUGAAACGUGUGCGGUAGCCGAUAAAUUUGGCAACAUCGGUAUUCUUAGAUUACCGCCCAACACGUCCGACGACGUGGACGAAGACCCAACGGGAAACAAAGCAUUGUGGGAUCGGGGUUUAUUAAACGGUGCAUCUCAAAAGGCAGAAACAUCGUCCACAUUCCAUAUUGGUGAGAUGGCAACAUGGCUUCAGAAAGCUACCUUAAUCCCCGGCGGUUGGGAAUCUUUACUUUACACUACAAUGUCUGGUACUGUAGGAGUAUUGGUGCCGUUUACAUCUCAUGAAGAUCACGACUUCUUCCAGCACCUUGAAAUGCAUAUGCGAAGUGAAAAUCCUCCGCUUUGUGGCAGGGAUCAUUUAUCUUUCAGAAGUUAUUACUACCCAGUUAAAAAUGUUAUCGAUGGAGAUCUUUGCGAACAAUACAAUUCUUUAGAUCCUGCCAAACAGAAGAGUAUUGCAAUCGACUUGGAAAGGACUCCAGCUGAAGUGUCAAAAAAACUGGAGGACAUACGAACGCGUUACGCGUUUUAAAUUUUUAAUGCAACUCACUGGUAUGUAUUUCUUUAAAUACAAGUUGUUCAUUGUAUUAAAUAUUAAUUUGUCAAAUAUUUGCAAUUAGAAAAUAAGGAUUUUUGUAGAAUAAACAAAAUACGAUAGUUA